ACUCCGCCUCCUCCUUCCACCACAGCACUGCAAAUCAAUUCCGACGUCCGCCGGCGACCGAAUCAAACCAAAUUCCGAUCCAAAAAUGUCUCUGGUGACCAAAGAGAUCCGCGCCGCUGCUUCCGAGACGUACCGCGGCGACGCUAUGUGCCAGGAGAAGUCGAAGUUCCUACUGACGGAGGUAGGCCUGCCGAACGGACUCCUGCCUUUGAAGGAUAUGGAGGAGUGCGGUUACGUCAAGGAAACCGGAUUCGUGUGGCUCCGACAGAAGAAGAAGAGCGAGCACAAGUUCCAGAAGAUCGGAAGGACUGUCAAAUACGCCGAGGAAGUCACGGCGUACGUCGAGCCGAACCGGAUUCGGAAGCUCACCGGCGUAACCACCAAGGAGCUCCUCGUUUGGGUAAAUAUCUCCGAGAUCUACGUCGACGAUCCGCCGACCGGAAAAAUCACUUUUAAGACUCCGACAGGACUCUCCCGCACUUUUCCUACCGACGCUUUCCAGAUUCCGGAGACGGAGAAGGAGAAGGCGCCGGCGGUCAAGGAGGAUGCGAAAACCGCCGCCUCGGCGGCGGCUCCGGUGGAGGUGAAGGAGGUGUGAGUGUAACCGUCGGUUACGUUGAUUUCAAUUAAGGUGCUGUUUAAUGCUAAUUAUUUACUUAAAUUUGGCAUUAAGGUUAUUAAAUUAAUUAAGGCAAGGCAAUGUACUAUUAUUAAAUAUUAAUUUAUGGUGAUAUUUUACCCUAUGGAUAUAUGAUAUAAUUCCUAUAAAUCAGUUUUAA